AUGUAUUUUUUUCAUAAUGGUCAGAAAAGUCUAGCCAACUUGAUUGAACGAAGUGGUGCACAAGGAAUGUAUUCACAUAAUCAGAUAGCAGCGUUCGAGUCUUUGACUCGAGCUACUGGCAUUGCCGAAGGAGAAGUAUUGGUCUUGUUUAUUCAUAUGUUUACCUCAACAUUGGAUAAAAUUGGGAAUCACCGGAGUGAUGAAUAUAAUCACCACAUUCUCCCUCGCUGCCGGCCCCUAGUCCUGGCGAUCGGUCAGCGCAUGGCAUAUGAAGCUGCUGACGCCAUAGGGAUCGAUCCAAAUCUACCGGCCUUAUACGAAGCGGCUUCUGUGGAGUCAGACUCCAGUUGGUAUGUUAAAAAUCCUGGGCUCAGCCGAGCAGAUCCAUUUGAGAUGGAGUGCAAAGCGCUAAACGCGGUUUUACCUCGACUGGAUAAAUACUUGAACAGCUAUGACAUUGUACAAUAUUGUACUGCUCCUAUACUUUCAACGGAUAGGUGGGGGGUCAUCAUGAAUGCCGUUCCGACUUUUGCAGGAGAUGCACAUGUUGACAUCCCGCUGGGAGUGGAUUGA